AUGGGUGGGUCAAAGUUGAUACCAGAGGCACCCUAUAGCGCCAAACCACCUCCAAAGUUAUUAUGGAGUCCCAUGAUAGAGAGGCCAGAAGAUGAGGUGGCCAGAAAGGCUCAAAUCAAAACACCAAGGGACUCUUUCCACCAGAUUUGUCCUGAAACUUACCCAUGUAGUCCUUUCAAAUAUAGAACCAAACUCUAUUCGUUUGAUCCUGGUCUCAUCCCACCGAUCAUUGUAGAGCAACCUGAUCUGGCCAGCUUGAAGAAGCCAUGCCCAUAUCUAAAGAAAAUGCAAAGGGCAAAAUCCAAGACCAUAAAGAAAAAGUCUCAGUUUUUCCUCUCCAAGUUUAUCAAGUCAGCAGUUCUUAAAAAAAAAGAGAUUUACAUUUGGGAUGAAACGUUUAAACAAGAAAGGAUCAAGGUUCUCAUAAAGUCCUUGGCAUCUCCUGUGGAACUUGAACAACUCUAUGCCGCUCAGGCUCUUGGACAACUUGGAACUGGUGAUGAAUCUGUUAUAUCUGCACUUUAUAAUACCGUUCAAGAAUGUGACGAUACCCCUUUGCAGUAUGAGGCAGCUCGAUCUCUGGCUUUGCUUGGUUGCCUAGAGACUUGUGUAAUGAAAGUGCUAAUUCGACACCUGAAAGUGGCAAGCCUAAAUCGGAGAGAAGACACACUGGCUGCUUUGAAAGUUGCUUUACAAGCAUGGUCAAGAACACCCUCCUUUGAGUAUUAUUGCAUUGGGGCUCGGUCCAGUUUAAUUCGAAAUCUGAAACGCUUGGUGAAUUUGGAGGAACCCUUGGACAGCAUCACCUUCAAUGCAGCUCUUUGCUUAGGGUACCUGGACAAGUCCGAUCCAAUUGCCCAAGAGACAAUGUUCAUGUUUUUGACCCAUGUAGAGAGGAAGAAGAGGUUUCAGGCUUUGAUUAUGCUGGUAAAGCACAUGGGCGUAAUGAAUGCUAUCAUUAUCCGGAAAGUCUUAGACCAUUUGGAACGCUCCCCUGUGUACAAGCAUCGUGCUGAUGCCACAGACUUGUUGACCACCAUAGGCCUUGAAAUAAUCCAACAGGAGGGACUAGAGGAGGAUGUUUUUAUUGUGCUGCUCAAGAAAGUAUCUGAUGAGCCUUUUCUGAUAGUCAGGCAGAAAAUUGCUUUGGCCAUUGAAGAACUCAAAAUGAAAAUGCGAGUUUGGGAAAUAGUGGAGAGGCAGCUAAAGGAUGAGAAUGAUGUGAUCCGGAAGCAGGCGGUGAUUACCUUAGGUGUUCUUGGUAUCCGCCACACAAAUGUGUUCUCUGCCUUGUUGGAAAUGUUAGAACUGGACACCAGUGAAGCAGUUCGUAUCCAGGUUAUCAGAGCCUUUUCCACUCUGGGAAUUGAUAACGUAAAUGUGAGGAAGAGCCUUAAGAAGAAGAAACAAGGAGGAGGAAUUCUGGGCAGGGAAUCUAGCAAAGCCUUGGAGAUACUUGACCGACACUCAGAAAUUCAGAAAGAGUUGAUGGUCCACUCUUUUAUAAUCCAAUGAAAUGAUCUUUUUUGGCAUGCAGACCCAAGUGGUGGAUUAAAACAUUGCCUCUGGGUUUCCAGUGAGCAGAACAGACAAAAUGUAGGGUCUGUCUUUGACAGGUGGGUUCAGGGUACCAUUUGCAUUUGUGGGAGGUUCAGUAAAUGCCAAAUGUUCAGGCCAUCUGUUUGAGGUUCUCUCUGUGCAGCCAGUUUUCCUGCAGACUGUUGGCUCUGCAUUGCCAUGUGGUUAAUGUAAUUCCAAGUUACAUCUAUCUUGCUGCUGUCACCUCAAGCAAAUCACCAGGGUCAAUUCUGCUGAAACUGUUGCCCAGGCAGGAAAUGAAAUCUAACUAGGAAAGAGCCCUGAAGGUGCAUCAGCUCUACUUUUGACCAGAAACCCUUUUCAAAUUUUGUUCCAUAACACAAAAAAAAUCAGAAGAAAGCUUUUGCUUUGAACAAGAGAGAGUUUUGAAUUCCGGAGAAGCUGAAAUUCAGGUCAGCAGAUUAUUUGAUAUAGAUAAAAAUGCAUAGGAAGAAAGGCUGCAUUUAGGAAGACUGAGCUUCCAAUCCACACGAUGGCAAACAUCGCCUUUGUGUUUAAAUAUUUUUAUUUCUUGCAAAUUGGUACUAUUUCUGACCACUAAUUGCCCCAGCAAAUGCAGAACUACAUUUCCCCCCCUGGCUAUAGUGAGUUGUUGAGCCUGCUUUCUUUGACUAUUAGCAAAGGGCUAUCUUCCAUGAGAGGAAUUGUCAGAGUUUGUUGCAGCACACACAAUCGGACAAUUCAACAGGAUUCAAAAGUUCUUUAUAUACAUAAUAACACAUAUAAGGCAUGUAUACAAUACCCUUGUAGGUUUUUCCACGUUGUAGAGAAGGGAUAUAGCAAGUACAAACACAGCACAAAAUGCAGGCCAGCAAAAGGAGGCAAGCAAAUGGAAGUGGCAAAAUGGAGGAGGGAGAAGCUAGUGCCCUCAAGUUCAAACUGUCCCUUAUGGUCCCAUACAACAAAUACUAUGUUUCAGUUACCAAAUAGUCCCCCAUUGUCUGACCUGUUGCUAUGCCUAUUCCAGUUCAUGAGGAUGUAAAUAGGGAUAUUUACAUUGACAGGAAUGGUUACUGGCUGAAAGAAAAAGGGGAUCAUAACAU